AUGCUGCGUGGUUGGAUCUUUGCCACCCUGUUUAUGAGAAGUUCCCUUGUGCUCAAGGCAGCGGGGAAGUUGCAGCUUGGUCCCUUGCCGCCCGCCGGCUUCUGGGAGACUCGCAUGAUCAUCAAGAAGAGUCGCUUCAUAGCGCGCCUGGGUGCCUGUAGCACCUUGGAGGAAGCCAAAGAUUUCAGGGCCAUGGUGUGUGAUCCGAAAGCCAACCACAACUGCUGUGCGGCGAGAAGUCGAGGUGGAGAACUAGGCAGCUCGGACGAUGGGGAGCCCGCCGGCACGGCAGGGAUGCCAAUGCGAGCAGUUCUCGAGGGUUCUCACCUCUUUGGUGCGAUCGUGGUGGUUACGAGGUAUUUUGGUGGAAUCAAGCUGGGAACUGGCGGGCUUGUCCGAGCCUACUCCGCACUGACCCGGGCAGUCUUGGAGGAGGCCCAGCUGGAGGAGAUGGUGGAAGGUUUGACACUCCGUGUCCGCCGUGUACCGGCAGCCCAGGUCUCCUCCCUCUACCGCUGCACUGGGCAGCUGGGAGACGUGCACUUCGCAGCCGAUGGCACGGCAGAGGCCGAACUCUGGGUGCCUCACAGGGACCUGAACGAAGUGCGGAAGGAGUUGAUGGCCCUUGGAUCACAGGUGGAGAUUGAAGAGGGUGACCCAGGUGACCAAGAUCAUCUUGAGGAUGCUGAAACGGAGGAGUUGCUGGAAGAUAGCGAGGAGUCCGAGGUUUUCCAGGACGAAGCCUUAGAGCAGUGGAAUGAGUUGCUGGCUGAGGAGCACAUGGAGGUCAUGUGGGCAGGCAUACACAGUGACUGGAGAGCGUGCAGGAGAACGAUGAUGCUCCGGAAACUCAAGAGGAGGCGCAAAAUCCUCCAGCGGCAAAACGUGGCCUGCGUGGCCGAUUGUCACGACCACCAAAGACGUGAGAAGUUGACCUGCGAAAAAAAAGAAACGCCCAAACAUGUCGGUACAGUUCAAGAUCCAUUCCAUAUCUUGGUCUACUUCACUCAUUUGAGCCUCUUCCACCCAUUUUGCUGA